AUGGCCAGACAGCAUAAUUACUACAACCGCAGUUCUAUAGCGUAUAAAAAGGUGAGUUUGCUACUAUAGGAAACAGUAUUUAUGAGCUAGUCUACAGUGCGAAGCAAGAAUUGUGGAUAUACUGUAUUUAUAUAUUUAAAGGUAACUUGUUUGUUUUACCAUAUGUUACUCACAAAUUCUAGUUUAGUGAUAUUAUAACAUGUAUGUUUCAAAUUUUCAAUUCGUGAAACGACCAAUAUAGUGUUAGAUUCAAUAUACGUGAAUUGUAGCUUAGAUUAUGUUCUAUAUUGCAAUUUAUAACAAGAGUCGAAAAGAGAAGUUAAAACUUCAUGAUAAUAUAAACACAAAAUUAGGGAAAAUGUACCAGUUAAUAUACGAGUAUAAUUAUUGAAUGUAACCGGGCUUGUUUCGAUGUUUCAUGUAUUAUUAUUGAUCUUACAAACAUGCAACAAUAUAUCGGUGAAAUUAAUAAUGCCCAUGCAUGUUCGAAUACCUGAUAUAUUUUGAUCAAGUGACGAGUGAUAUAAUUUAGAUAAUUAAAUUUGCGUAAUUUAGAUAAUUGAAUUUACAAACCGUGCGUCACCAUUGCGCAAAUUAUGCUAAGUACUAUCUGCUCUGUGCGCAGUCUCUAAACCUGGUCUUAUCUCAGCGUCGCGCGCAUUAUGCACUGGGUUUUUUUUCCAACGUUUCGGUAGAAGAAAAUUUCUCAUUUAAAAUUUGAACCCUGUACGACUAUUUUGUCACAAAUGAUCGACAUAUAUAUUAUAGUUGGCAAAUAAAUAUUAAUUAAUAAGAUCUACUUACGCACAGAUGGGUUGUCUAACUUGGGAUGUAUGAUUUUUUUUCGUUUCAGCCCAACAUGUUUGGAUAUUUAAUUCUUCUCCAAGUUCUGGUCGUAAUAACUCAAGCAAGGUGAAUGACUUGAAAUGAUCUAAAAGAUAUGGAAAUUAUCUUAAACAUAAUUCCUCCUAUGACAACUAGCAGUUAAUGCAUACUCCAUAUCACAAUGUCAAAUAACUGAGCCGUAAUAACAAUUAUUUUUUCAUCUCGUUUUCUAGACCAAGUUACGAUCAGAAUUUUUUCAACACCUUGUAUUACAACGACCCCAACUUGAAUCCAGGAUUCAACCUUGUCGCGUUCAGAAUUAACCAGCUAAAUCUACACAACCACUAUCGCAAAAUUCAUCGAGUCCCAAAAAUGACUUUGGACCCAAUGUAGGUUUAUGUAAAUUUAUAGAGAGGACCGCAAAAGGCUGCAUUGUUUAUAAUUAUGAAAAUUUCACAGAUGAUUUCACAAGUGAGAAAGCUUUUUCAAUCACAUAUAAACCUCUAAUUUCAAAUGUGAAAAAAUAUGUGAAGCUCAAAUUUGACAUAUGAAAAUUCUAAAUUUCACAUAUGGAAAACAUUGAAUGAGUAUUUUCACAUGUGAAAUGUUCCAAUUUCACAUAAUAUUUCACAUGUGAAAUGAUAUGUGAAUUUUCCUAAGGUUCCUUUCAUAAGCCAAGUGAUCACACUUUUUUUAAAUUGAAUAUAAUGAGUUUUUUAAUUUCCUUUCCAUCAGGUUAACCCUGCAAGCACAGGCGUAUGCGGAAGUGCUGGCAGCAAGGUCUGGGGCACUAAACCAUUGUGUAAAACCUACAUGUGACCGAUACGGUGCUGGCGAAAAUUUAGCUAGGGCUUGGGGAGCUGAACACGUCGAGACAAAUGCCACCAAAGCAUGGUACGACUGUCUAAGAUUUGUCAUCAAUCAUUUUCCUGUUUUCAUUCGUCAUCAUCACCACCACCAUAACUACCACGUUACAGUCAUCACUACCAUCACCACUAACCCAUUAUCACCAUCAACACGGCCAUUAUCAUCGCCAUCCUAAAUUUCGUCACCAUAAUCAUUACCAUCAUCACCACCACCAUCACCACCAUCACCAUCAUCCUAACUAUCACUUUCGUCACCACCAUCACCACCAUCACCACUAUCACCAUCACCACCAUCCUAACUAUCACUUUCGUCACCACCAUCACCACCAUCACCACUAUCACCAUCACCACCAUCCUAACUAUCACUUUCGUCACCACCAUCAUUACAAUCAUUAUCAUCACCACCAUCACCACAUCACCACCAUCAUCAUCACAACGACAAAUUUUACACAACGUUUAUACGUAGGUAUGAUGAGAUCUGGGACUUCAAUUAUUGUCACAAAGAAAAUGGAAAGAAGAUGCACAGACCUGGUCAUGAAGGAAAGCCGAUUGGACAUUUCACCCAGGUAAGUUACCUAGUUCAUUUACUAAGCACUAUCGUGCAGCAGAUGCUGGUCAACCUGCAGUUACCAGAGUGAGAAAAUAAUGUUCAUUAUUUUCAUUAUGUUAGUAGUCUUGUAUUUGGAGGCAAAUAAAUAGAAUUGAGAGAUGUAGUUUAAUUUGCUUGCUCAUAAAGUGUCAACAUUUGACCAUCAUCUGGAACGCUUACAGAAAAUGGAACAUGACUGAAACGCUUACAGAAAACCCACUCACAGCAUUAUUGUUUCAGGUUGUUUGGAAAGAUUCAGUAAAACUCGGUGUUGGUUAUGCUCGAACUGCCGACAGAACUGGGGUUUAUGUUGUUGCAAGAUAUAAAGCUCAUGGAAAUGUACCUGGUCUGUAUGGUACACAAGUGACAAAGCCAUCUUAUCUCCUCCGAACAUUUCAAAAUAAUUGUUAUCGUGAGUAUAGCUUAUAUUGUUGAUGAUGAUGAAGAUAGUUUAAGUUGUGAUGUUGGUGGUGAUGGUGAUAAUGAUGGUGAUGAUUGUGGUGGUGAUGGUGGUCAGUGGUGAUGAUAAUGAUGAUGAUGAUAAUGAUAACGGUGAUGAUGAUGGUGAAAAUAAGGGUGAUGGUGAUAAUGAUAGUGAUGAUGAUAGUGAUAAUGAGGGUGAUAAUGAUGGUGAUGAUGAUAAUGAUGAUGAAGUGAUGAUGAUAUUGAUGGUGAUAAUGAGGGUGAUGAAUGUGGUGGUGAUGGUGGUCAUGCAGUGGUGAUGUGAUGAUAAUUCAAAUAUAAUCAUGAUGGUACUACCUAACAAACAAUUUACCAUCACUAGGUACCAACGGAGGUUAUUCCAGAUGGUCAAGUCCAAAGAAAUGCACACAGAGUUGUGGAGGUGGUGUUCGUUUACGGAAAAGAAAAUGCACCAACCCUAAACCGUCACUGAAUGGCAGAGACUGUGUUGGACCACGCAAAAUGUUAGCAUCAGCAAAAUGGUGCAACAUACAGGUAUGUCAACACCAGCGACAUUUUCAUUUGUUAACGUGGAAACCACACCUUUAUGUACUUGGUAAAUAUUUCGAACCGUAAGCCUGGAUCUUCACGGAGCAAUUAUUGCAUUUAUGGCCGUGUAAAUCUACAAGAAAUAUGCUACGGAAUUCCCACAGUCCAACUUUUAUUGUCUCAAUCAUUGUUCCUUUUGCGAUAUUUCAGAGUUGUCCAGGAAAGAAGAACCAUCGUGACCGACAGUGCAAGGCCCGUGGCUAUCCCGAUGAGUCGCAUAACUUCGAAGGCCAAAGUAAGAUCACUUCCAUCUUAACAUUCUCACUCUUAAGCCCAGUUUACACUAUCAAAGUUUCUGUGAUCACAUGCAGUAGGAAUUUUGCAUAGGUAAAUUCCAAAUUUUGAAGGAUUUUGUAAGAAAUGUUUGAGGGACUGACACAGUGUUAAACAUUAAGUCAGUUUCCUCAAACAUUUCUUACAAAUCCUUCAAAACUUAGAAUUUACCCAUGCAAAAUUCCUACUGUGAUCACAGAAACUUUGAUAGUGUAAACCAGACUUAAACAUCACCACUGCUUGACUACCAUCUUUUACACAUUGAGCACGUAUACCUAACCGAUUUAUCUAUCGAUAAUCAAUUAAUCUAUCGAUAUAUCUAUUCCUGCAGAUGAUUGUAAAUUACAUUGUUACCAGAAAGCACAAACUUACAUGUUGGUUGGCACAGUUGAUGAUGGUACACAUUGCAACAAGGACAGGGGUGUCUGUGUUGUUGGUGUUUGUCAACCAAUGCCCAGAUAUUUUGCUCCAACGAAACGUCCUCCCACGGAUUCUUCAGGUAAUGGUUUUGGACAACAGUUGUAUUCUUCAAAGUUCUUUCCAUCUAAAAGGAAUUUAUCAUCAGUAUUAGAGAUGACAAUGAUUAGUGCAUAUGUGCACCUCGACCACCGGAUUAGCAGAACUGUUUAGAACUACAGUAUAACUAAAAAUAGUUUAGUUUAGGUUUCCUCCUGUACGAACACUGGAUCAAUAAGGGAUGACCCUUACUGGACCUCUAGGGAAAACUGUUUAGAACUGAUAGAACUAUCCGGUAUAACUAAAGGUUUCCAAGACAAGACAAGACAAAAACUUUAUUGACCCAUUUUUACAACAAUAAAAGACAUUAAAUAAAUAAACAUUUUACAAUUCAUUAUAGGGUCCUGGCAAUCCUGAAAUAACCUGGGAACACUGGAUCAAUAAGGGACGACCCUUACUAGACCUCUAGGGAGAACAGUUUAGAACUGAUAGAGCUAUCCAGUAUAACUAAAGAUAGUAGUUUAGUUUAGGUUACUGUUUAGAACUAACAGAACAGUUUAGAACUGCUAGAAUUAUCCAGUAUAAAUUUAGCUUAGUUUUGACAGUUUCAACUGCUGCAUGAUCAACUUUUCUAAACGUGAUUUCAUUUUCCCAGGUGCCAUGAUCGGCUCGUACACAAAGACACCAAAUGCAGAUGUGUGGAAGAAUAAGGUUUUUGUUGUUCCUGAUGGAGUGGUCAAUCUUGUGAUUACCAACAGAGAUUACAAACACGUGAAAAUGUGUAAGUUUGAAAUAUAAAACUAACUUCAUUUAUAGUACAAGAGGUCAAUCAUGUCUACUUUUAAACUGCACUAGAAAUGGCUGUUUCGCAAGGAUUGGGGGAAGAUAGGUGUUUCUAUAUAUACACAAGCGCUGUCCACAAUAAUUUUUGCCGGGAUUGUAGUAUUGAUAUAUUCCUUCAUUUCAGUGGUGGGUUAUGAAACGCCUCAAGACAGUGUGGGUUACAAUUGGGGUGAAGAUGAUUGGAUGAACAGUUGGGUGGAAUACUAUGGUUCCUACGAAACAGAAUUUAUCACAGCGGGUGUUAAAUAUAAAUACAAACGUCUGCCUGGCUAUUCCACGAUCACAGUUAUUGGUAGGUAGAACAAUAACUUAAUUAUUAGUAAGCGUAUUGGGUUUAUACGUCAUAUUGUUGAGCAAUUUAACCCAGUUUUGUAAAGUUUUUCACUUAUUUUUACAGGGCCUGUCCUACCAACCAAAGGAUAUCAUUUGGCUUUAUUCGUCCAAGGAAACGCUCCAGCUAAAAUUUAUUGGAGCUACCGUAACGGCGUUACUGUUUAGAUUCUCACUGGUUUUAACUUAUACCUCACUUGAAAACAUGUGUAAUGGAUUAAGGGUGCACUAUGAAAUAAUGAUGCAUACUAUUAAUAAUAGGUUCUCUAGAAUUAUUACGUUAAUGCUAUGGUGUUGUUUUAACUCAUAAACCAUAGUUAAUAUAUUACAUUUAAUUUAUUUUGGGUGUAGUUAGUGUAUAUAUACAUGUUAGGCCUAGUAGUGUUUUUCAAUUUAAAUUGUAAAAGUGAUAUAGACAUAUAGUGAUAGUGAUAUAGAUAAUAAUAAUAAUCAAAAUCUGCAUUUGUGGUUAUUUUUAGGAUAGCCUACACGAAAGUAAAAAGGUUACUGUAGCAUGCUUAACUCAAUAGUGAUUUCUGUACAACAUCAGAUCACUUUAAGGUAACUCAUUCAAGAACAUGCAUGCAGCUACUACCUCUGGAUCUAACAAGAUCUGGAUCUAAGGGUUACGAACUUGGCGAGAGCUCAGAACAAUGACAGUGGCUGGUGUUACGUUUACUUACUUACGAAUAAAAGUCAUCACCAUCGCUGGUGCAUAAUCAAGAAUACUAAGAUAAUAAUGGUCACACGUCUGAAUGCAUAUUUACGAUGCGUUUCUCGUCUAGACAGAUUUCCGUCGGACUUUUCCAUCUGUUUGGAUGAGAAAAGCCGGCAAAAUUUUCAUACACAAACUCUUCAAAAGCCGGAUUUUCGAUAUGAUGCGUUUGUUUCCCUUGUCUGGAAAUAAAUCCAGUUACAAUUGUUGUAAAGGAAAUAACACUUUUAUUUUUCUAGCAAGGCUUUCAAACCAGAAUAUUUAGUGUAUAUAUUUUGCACUGAUGAAGAUUUCAGGCUGAUCCUAACUACCAAAGCUUGCCAAAUAAAUAUACAUGUGAUUAUGUUGUUUUUCACAAAACAAAACAAUUAUAUUCAACAGGAUGCAAACGUCCAAAGAAUUUACUAUUAAAUGCAGGUCUGAUUAAAUUUUGCAUGGGCGUAUGGGCCAUUUUCCAAAAUUUUUCCCCCACGGGGGGGGGGGCACGUGCCCCCGAUAUGUUCUGAAAAAAAUAUUGUAUCUUUGCGAAAAUUACGUGAUGUUAGGGAAAAAUUUUUUAUAUAUCCGGCAAAAUUUUCGUCUGUAGAAAAGUAUUUGAUAUGUCCGGAAAUUUGUUUUUGGUAUGUCCGGAAAAAAUUUUUUGGUGACCUCCCCCCCCCACUCGCCAACAUUUUGGGGAGAAAUAUCAAUGUUCAGUUUGCCUGUUCGGGCAAACUAUACUGUGCCCCCCCCCCCAAACAAGAUUAGGCCCAUACGUUCAUGAAAUUUUAUCUCACGGAGCUUAAUUAAGGUUAAUUAAAAGACGCGGCAACUUUUUCAAAUGGGGAAAAUACAUGGUUAAUUAAACAACUUGUUUAUAUAUCAAUAUAUUUUCAAACCCAUCUGAACAAAUUUUAUAUUAGUAUACAAUGUCUUUUAGAUAUAUUAAAUUUCUUUUUAAUAUCGUAUAUUUUGAAAAAUGGCAAAUACCGUAUUGGGCGGUUCUCUUUAAAAUCUUUUAUUGGACCACUGCACGGGGAGAACAGUUUAGAGCUGAGCUAUCCAGUAUAAAUAAAGUUAGUUUAGUUAAGCUUAUUACUCCGUUUAUUAAUUCAGAAAGUAUAUAGGGUUUACAAACGCCGCUCCCGAUGAGAACAAAAUUAUUAAAUAGCAAGUGGCGCUCUUUUUCACAACGACGCGGCGCUUAAUCGAAUCUGCACCGUGUGAAAAAUUAUCCGCGACGCCCAAUCGCAUGCAGAAGGAAAUCUUCAACAAGUCAUUUCAGUGUUUUUAUAAGUCAUCAAUAAGUGACGAUUCUUACUGGAUCUCUAUGGAGAUCAGCUUAGAACAGAUAUUAAAGCUAUCCAGUGUAAAUAAAGUUAUUUUAAUCUAAAAUAUGGUUGGCCUAGCUGGACCUUAUCAUAUCCCCUCAAAUGUAAUGCUUUUAUUAGCUUGGUUUGCAAACAAUAUACUUCAAUGAAACUUCAUACUUUAGUGAACAAACAACGGUAUCAGAUCAAACAAAUUAAGACAAAUGAAAAGGGGAUUACUUAACAUCACAAAAGGUUGUCUUAAUUUAUUGCCUUCAUUUAUCAGACACGCAUAAAAGGGGGAACAGCUUAAUUACAAAUCAUUUUUGUAAACUGUUUCACAGCGGAAAGAGUUUCAAGGAAGAUAAAAAGCUUGGAAGAUAAAACGCUGAAAAGGUUGGUGCACAUGCAGUACACAUAUACUGUUUAAUAUUAGGUUUUGUCGCACUUUUUUAGGAAUGUAAUUGUAGAAUUUUAAAAUUAUGUAUGUUAAAUCUUCAAUAUACAGUCAUUAUUGAAUGUUGUGAGAAAUUUUGAUUUGGAAAAGGCAUGCAUGCAGUUGAGUUGACAGAACACUAGUUAUACACGAAAAGAAAUGGUGGGCUCAAAUCUUUAGGUAGUAUAUAAGACUCCCAAACUAAAGUACCCAAUGUACCUAUAUAAGGUGCCCAUUUCCUAACGCUGAUCCUACGCCCUAUAUAGUAACCCAAAAGCCCGGGUGAAACGGGCAUGAGAGUGCAUGCAUGAGAGUUGGCAAUCACAGAAUCUUGGUUAGCUGUUCUUAAUGCUUUAAAUGCAAGCAUAAUUAUACAUCUUUGAAAUGUGCAAAAAAAGCAUGAAAACGAGACUAGUCAGUCUUCUUUGCAAAAUCUAGCAUAAGCUCUGGUAUUUUUAAGAAUGAGUGGAGUGGUAUUAAACUAUAGUAAUGUCUAAAAGGGAUGGACGAGAGGUAGUUUACGAGAUGGUUCCAAAAUUGAAAUAAGAGUUUGCGUUAGUAUUAGGGUUAGUGUGGGGAUUAAGGUGGGGGUGAGGGUUAGGUGUGGGGGUUAGGGGUGGGAUGAGGGUAAGGUUUAGUAUUGUUACAAGUGGCUGCUUGCCGGUUCUUUUAUAUACGUAAAACUGGCGGCCAUCUUCAAAACCUGUCUCUAGUCCAUCCCCUUUACGAUUACAAUUACGAUUAGCAUUUCUAUAGCGGAAAUUCACACGUAGAUACGAUCAAAUGCGCUUUACAUCAAGUAUUAUACAAUAGAGACCUUAAGAUUGACGUUUACGGCAAACAUCAAACCGCUAGCGAAGUUUUUGAUUUUACAACUCUAUAAUAUUAUAGCUUUUACACCAGUUUUGAAAUAUGUUAAACUGAUUAAACUUGUGCUCUUUAGCAAUGAUUUAAGAAAGCAAAUUAACCACUAGUUAUGCCAUUCACCAAAGCAGUAAAUUAAGAUUUGGCGUUUGAAGUUGACGUUUGACGUACAAAUUUCAUGCUUUAACGACUACAAGCCCUCGUAGCAGUUCAAGCAUGUAAUUUAUACGCCAAACGCCAACUUCAAACGCCAAAUCUUAAUUUACUGCUUUGGUGAAUGGCAUGAUUAGCGGUUAAUUUGCUUUCUUAAAUCAUUGCUAAAGAGCACAAGUUUAAUAAGUUUAACAUAUUUUAAAACUGGUGCAAAAGCUAUUAUAAUAGAGUUGUAAAAUCAAAAACUUCGCUAGCGGUUUGAUGUUUGCCGUAAACGUCAAUCUUAAGGUCUCUAAUACCUAAUUACAUACUUAGCCCAGAUUAUUUUAUCUUUACAACAAUUGUGAUACUACUUGCUUAACUGUGUUUAUCCUAACCCACCCUGUCAACUUUAGCCACGACCAUUAGACUAUUUAGCAAACUAAAUAAUGCCCGUGACUUGUAGGUUGUCAGGGGUGUAUAUACAAAGAGUGUGGGCCAUAAAGAUCCAUAUAGAAGGGCCACUUACAUCGGAAGCUUUGAAGUUUCUGUCCUCGCGCAUGUCGCAUUACGGAUGUUGGCCGCCAUUUUCCUAGCCAGUCAAUGACAUUUUCUGGCCAAAAAACACGCUGUACUGGCUGGCUGCUUCGCCUUUUGGCCAGUAAACUGCAUAUUUUUGCAUAAAAAAAACGAGGACACAUUGCACCGCUGAAUGGCCCUUCUGUUACUGAUCUUUAUUCUGUGGUGUGGGCAUGAAUACGAACCGGAUUUUGGGCGUCUCACUCAAAAGGGUUGGGUGUCGGAUUUCAUGGGGACUCACUUAAUUAAGGGGGCGGUCGAUUGCCCUGCCGGAAAAUGUUUCUAUUUUUAGGGUCUGCGAUAUAGAUGAAAACAUUAACUCAGUUUCUCCUCAGUUUGGAAAUAAUUACAAAAUUGGUCCUGAAGAAAAGUGUGGGGGUGGGGGGUGGGGCGUUGACCUACAGGCUGGGGAUUCACAUCAAAGUGAACGUCAUCUCCACAUAAGACAGUUGUCCUGGGGCGAGCUCUGAGAGAUACGAUCCCCCUCCAAAUAAUUUUUCUCUCUAUCGACUGUAGGUUCCGAACGUAAAACCUCUGUCAUAUUAGACUUGCUCCAAGUCUCUCUUUCAUUGUCAUAUAGUAUCGAUCCACUAUAGUGUACAUUACAGUAAUGCACACCAUAGUGGAUCGAUACUAUAUGACAAUGAAAGAGAGACUUGGAGCAAGCUACUGUCAUAUACGCUCCGUUCUCUAUUAGCUCAAGUCAAUGUAAACACAUAUUUUUCUUGUGGGGACAUGCAAGCCAAUUAAACCACACGUUCUUAAUAGAAAAUAAUAAUAAGCUUCAUUUACACUGACUAUUAACGUGAAUUAGGCCUAUACAGGACAAGCCAAUAAAUCAAUCUUAGCUUACAUGCUUGGGCUUGUACGAUAUUAAGCUAAACAUUACAAUACUUGAUUAAUAUAGAGUAAAAUAUCUAUACACAGACGGAAAAUUAAUUAGAUAAAAUUAAAUCAUAGUAAUGCUCAUUAAUAAUCAUUAGGAAUGGUUUGGGUUAAAAUUGACUUUACUUGUCAGGGCCUUGUAAGCUAUACUUAAGUUGCAUGCACGGUUGUCAAACUGGUGGAAAGGCUUAUUGUUUCACAUAUCUAUGACAUGGGCUGUACCAAUAUAGUUUUGUAUCUGCCUUUUCUGAUUAUUCUAAUGAUUGGCACAAAAACUCAAUUUAAAGUAAAAAAGAUUAUAUGAACUAUAGACUAUAGUUCAUAUAAUCUUUUUACUGACAUAACGACAGGAUGCAUGGCUGGUGCAGGUAGCUUGUCAUACAAAUUGAACUGCUAUAUGCCAAUAUAAUUUCAUAAGUGUCUUGAAAGAUAUGCAUGGAUACUAUAGUGGAUGACUACAGAAAAAUAAUUAAAAGUUUGUAUGCACUAUAGGUAAUUUUUAUAAAUAUACUGGCAUAGCGACAGGAUGGCUGAUGCAGAUGGUUUGUAAUACAAAUUGAAGCUGUGUCAAUAUAAUUUCAUAAGUGUCUUCAAAGAUAUGCAUGGGUACUAUAGUGGAUGACUACAGAAUUAUAAAUUCAUUAUAGCCCUGGGGUGAUAUGCAUAGAUAUCUUAUAUACACAAGAUAACGCAUCUCUUUUAGUAAAAUUGAAGCCAAGAAUAUUCCAGCGGUUACCCCCAUUUGAAUAGAUGGCAGCCAUGUUGGAGUUUCCCACUCGCUAAUAAACGCUUAAAAAACAACAAUAACUUUCAUCAUUUGAAUAGUUUGAAAAUGUAUUCGGAAUAGGUUUAACUUAAUGUUUAAGUUCCCUGUUUAAGAAAUAGAAAACAUACGAGUCUUCUCAUUUCAUGGGAAUAUCCUGAGUCUGCAAUCACGGCUUCAAUUUUUGAAUUGCAGAAUAAUUAGAUGCACUAUCUAGUGUAUAUAAGAUAUCUAUGGUGAUAUGACAGUUAAUCACAGCGGUUGCGGUACAUCAAACAAAACGAAGCCAAUCGUGCUUAUAAGGGCAUGCAGUAUUAAUACGUUACCAACUGAGAUCAUUGAACUAAAAAUAACUGGAACGCUACGUUCAAGCGAAAAUUUGAAGCUAAGUUCUACAAGGUCGUACACAGGCUUUAAAAGGCCCGUUUUAAACUGAAAAGGUCCGUUUCCCUUUCGAUUUGCAUCCUGCCAUGAAAACGUUCAAAACGGCAUGCUUCGAGCGUCCCCUGUAUUGUCUCGCGAGUAAAUCGCGCAGUAGAAACACGCGUGGAAGUGCGUGUCUGGGAGUCAAAACUGGCUUCAUUUGGCUUCAUGGGAGUCAAAUUUUGGCUUCAAAAUUUGCAUGCGCAGUUUACUGAACGUAGCGUUCCAGUUAUUUUUAGUUCAAUGACUGAGAUAGAGGGAACUAAUUUAAACAUAUUGUAUUGCUAUUAAUUUAUUUUGUUUUCAAGAUAAUACAAACUGUAGGCGGUAUUAUUGUGUUGUUUAGUUUACAGCUUGAUAGUUAGCAAAUUUUUCUUGGAGAAGUUGUUAAAAGCCCAUGAAAAAUUCCCAUACGGUGCUUGAAACCGUUCAGAUUGCCGGGGUAACACCCUGGAGUUGGGAUACCUGGUUUACCCUAUCAAUGUUUCAGUUGUGAUCACCGUAGCAAUUUUGUGUUGGUAAAUUCUAAUUUUUGAAAGAUUUGUAAGAAGUAUUUAAGGGAACUGUUUGAAUAAACAGUGGGUCAGUUCCCUCAACAUUUCUUACAAAUCCUUCAAAACUCAAACUCUAUACCAAUGCAAAAUUCCUACUGUGAUCAUGAAGUUUGCUUUGAAGGUUAGGUUAACCUCGGGUUAAGUUAAUCGACUUUCAAGCCGGCAACCGCCCCAUAUAUAAACAUCAUAUAUUCAAAGAACACCCAUUGAACGCUAAUGAAUUAUAAGGCCAAUCACCAAUGGGUGCUCUUUUAUUAUAACAUUUAGAUUGGAAAUUUGCAAACAAUGAAACGGAAAAGUGGAGGUCUUCACUGCACCUACUGAGUAGCGCUAUACUCUUGAGUCAUGGGUUAAAAUAUGACCUGCUGUUUUUGUUUUUUUAACUUUCAUCAAAAAAAUUUUUGUUGAAAUAUAUUUCCAUGUUUAAAAAAAUGGUACCGAGAAGAAUGCUUUUAGGUCUUUCGUUACGAUAGUAUCAACCAAAAUAUCUUUUAAACAAACGACACCAGCAACCAUUUACUAUUGCGAGAUAAACUAUAACAUAGUCAUUGUGUCACUGCAUGUUUAUGAGAUUUUUUAAACUGCUCUCAAAAUGCUGAAAAUAGCGUUUCUAAACACUAGGCAAUAAAAAAAUUCUGGAGGGGGCGAGGAGCAUGCCCCCAGAUCCACUGGCACGUAGAGAUUUCUCAUGCCAUCGACUCUCGACUCAGUAAAUCUAAGAUCUAAAUUAUUUUAUAGAUUAUUUAAAAACUAUUUUAAGCAAUCAAUAAAAUGUAAAGAAAGGCAUUAACCUAUUAUACUCUAUUAUACUGUAUACAUCUUUACCACCUACAGUUUUGCACCGCGUACAUGGAACAAUAGGGGGCUAAAAACACUAUACACCCAAUACUGAUAUGCAUGAGCACUUCCUGACCCGAUCUUCAGUUUUGAAAGAUUUCAAGAAUCCUCGCAUCUUACAAAAUUUGAAAGAAAGUACCGAAAGUAACUUCUCAUAUACAGUCGCGGCCUAAUAAGGGGUCAUUGAGUACCUUAAAAAAACAGGAAGUUAACUUUUCAUGGGAAAAAACUGUUACGUAAACAAAAAAUGUAAAUGUUAGCAUUACAAAGCAAAACAUCACAUUAUGUAUGCACCAGUGUUGAGCAUAAAAAUAGCAGCCAAGUGAUCAUUUUACGGCCAUUUUCAAGCUGCGUGUAUACUUGGAGCAUCAUCAUCAAGCACAAGAUCAAAGCGAAAAAAAAGGCAAGCAGUUCUUAAUACUAAGGUAAAAAGUUUAAACUUAUCGGAACAGGUUCUUGCUCGUUUAUAUACAGAGAAAAAGCAGUUGAAAGUUAGAAGAUUUAGAUAUUAUAAUUAAUGAGACAAAAGUGUUCUAUAUACAAUAUUGGUUAUACUUUAAUUGAUUUCUGUAAUAAUGAAUACAGUUCUACAUUUAUCUAUACUGUGUUAUUGUUUCCGACGUACCUAUGUUAACGAUGUCAGUUUCGCUAACGAUGUCAGUUUCGCUGAAAGAUUUCGAACAUAUAGAGUUGUAUUAAUAAAGCGAAAGUGCUUUGACACUAUUGGUCAUACUUUUAUGUCUCUGAUUUCUGUAAUAAUAAAUACUGAAUUUAUUUACACUGUAUCAUCACUAUGGCAUGCAUGUUGUCAACUUUAAAAUGAAUUUAUUAAACUUUUCCGUAUGUGUACUGUACCGUACGUAUGAAAAACGCUUAAUUAGAAAAAGCUAGCUUUAUAGUGAUGCCACCCUCCUGUUGAUAUGAGCUAACUCAACCAUACAAUUUUAAAAUACAAAUACAACGUUACUAUAACAGUGCUAAUGAAUCCUACUGAUUCAAAAUCAAGGGGAAUAAUGCAUUAGCAACUGAGAUAGAGGGAACUAAUUUUAAAUAUUUUUGUUUGCAAGAUAAUUGCUUAAACGCAUGAAAUUGUGGUCGUGCGCGCUUGCUAUGCGCAGAAAACAAAUUUUAAACUCGCUCAGUUCAAUGACAGUUCCAUGUGCUUUUUGAUUUUGACGAAAGUUAGAAGAUUUAGAUAUUAUAAUUAAUUAAUGAAACAAAAGUGCUUUAAUUUACAAUAUUGGUCAUACUUUUGAUUUCUGUAAUAAUGAAUACAAUUUUACAUUUAUUUAUACUGUGUUAUGUUUCUUAUUUUAUGGCUUAAGUAAUUGUUUCCGCCGUAGCUAUGUUAACGAUGUCCGGCAGUUUCGCUGAAAACGAAGAGAGUGGAAUAAAUCGCACCCAUUUAGCACCAAAAUUUAAUGUGCGCUACCCUUUGGUUAGAUCAUACAGAGGUAGUACAUGUUCUUGAAUGUGAGCUACCUUCAAGUGAUCUGAUGUUGUACAGAACUCACUGCUGAGUUAAGCAUGGUUAGAUCAUACAGAGGUAGUACAUAUUCUUGAAUGUGGGCUACCUUAUAAGACAUAGUUAAUAGAAUAGAUGGUUUGGAAACUCAUUAGAAUAACAGUAUAACUAAUUAUCUAUGUUAGUCAACGUUUAUUCAUAAAUCUGUUCGUUCACCGUCACGUGCAUAUUGUAUUUUUGCGCAACUAUAACCAAUAACAAUGUUUUGGAAGUUGCUUUUGGUGGAUUUGGCAAAAAUACAAUACACAUGUAACGGUGAAAGACCAUACUCAUAAAUAAACGUUGACUAACAUAGAUAAUGAGUGAUGUUGUUAUUCUAAUGAGUUUCCAAACCCUGUGUUCUAUUAACUAUGCCUAAAGUAAUCUGAUGUUUGUCAGCUGCCCAGUUAUACAAAUAAGCGCAUCUAGCACGUCUAUUUUCACGACUGAUAUUGAAAAUAUUAGCCUACAUUUGCUUAGAUCCCCUCAAACAAUGCUUGAGCGCUCUUUCAUCCUAACAUCAUUAGUAAAAGUGCCGCCUUUCGACUACAAAAGUUUGCUUUUUCCUGCGGAAACUGCAACGCUAUAAUUAAUACACCGAUUCAUAAGUUAUAUCAAACAAUGACCAGAUUAGAGGAACUUGGGCAAAUGGUGGUCGGUUGUUUAAAGAACAAUUACUGCUAACCCAGAAACCCAGGGUAAAAAUAUUAAAGGUUAGGGGCUGCAUGUUUAUAUGGUCCCGCUUACCCGGGAUUCAAUGAAGUGUAACGUAUUUUGAGCAAUUGAAAUACGUGUUUCAGCCCUAUAAACACAAGUUAGAUAACUUAUUAAUGUUUGAACGAAAUUAGGAACGCGCUAGAAGUUAUGUAGUGGAAGAAGACGAUUAAUAACAUUCAACAACAUUUGCUUUUUGUCUAAAACAUGGAAUUUCAUACAAUUUGUAACAAGAAAUUUUGUUAGAUCAUGAAGUGCGACUUAUUUCAAUUGCUCAAAAUACGUCACACUUCAUUGAAUCCCGGGUAAGCGGGACCGUAUAAACAGCCCCAAAGUUUUAAAACGGACGGACGAAUGAUAGAGAGAUAGGCGGUUUGUGUUAUCGUUCGUUAUAAAACGUGGCCAUGGUUGAAUACAUUUAUAUGUCUCUACAACACUUACUAGCUCUGUAGCCACAAUAAAAGAAGAACUUGUGUUUUUGCUUUUUGUAGACCAAAGAUGAUUGGAUAUUUAUUACUUCUUCACGUUCUUGGCGUUAUGGUCCAGGCCAGGUAAAAUUCGUGAACACCUAAAAUUUAAUAAAUUUCGUGUUAUAGCUACCCAGUACCCAGUAUAAAGAGGUUAGUUUAAUUUAGAUUUUCUUCAGGAGUAACAUAAGAAAUGCCCUUUAAUGGACCUCCAGGAAGAAUAGUUUAGAACUGAUAAAACUAUCCAGUAUAAAUUAAGUUAGUUUAGUUUAGCUUUCUUCCUGUAGUAAUAAUGGAACAAUAAAAGAUAAACCUUGCUAGAUACGCCUUUUCGGGGUUGGUGACGCCAUCUUGCCAACCAGAUGAUCUUGAUACGCGGAAAAGUACUGGCACUAGUUGUCAAAUAGAAAUCCAUUUUAUGAUUAAAACAACUGAAUAUCUCCUGUAAUAUACUUUAUUUUGAUUCCAUAUUUUUGUCAGAGCUAGAGUUCUCAUAACCAAACAUAAUUACAAAAUUUCAACUAGUUUCAUAAAGAAUAACGAAAGAUAUAAUUGACUGAAUACAUCAAAAUGGAUUUCUAUUCGGACAACCCUUUCUGAGCGCUGAUUGGCUAAAAUACGAACACGAGAUCACCUGGAAGUGAGGCAAAACGCAAUGGUUAAAUUGUGACAUUGCCUCGUACCCCUAGGGUCAUUGUAUUAGGGGGUUUAAGUUUCACGUUUCCGAGAAUGGCAAAUGGCAGGUAGGAACUUUCUUGGCAAAAUUUUCGUUGAACGUUUUCUUUUCAUAUUUUCUUCCUUGUGUCGAAAGAAUAAUUAUGUAUUUCAGUUUUAAAACAGCAAGUUCAUUUACUCUUCAUUGCCUGAUACCGUAAAAUUUUUCUUUGCCUGGCAUUUGUCGUAUAACGCGAAGCUUAAACUCUAUAUUGCUGCUCUAGUGUGUUUACCCCACUUCGCAAGAUGGCGUCGCGAAUCCAGAAACGGUGUAUUUCUAGGGAGAACAGUUUAGAGCAAUCCAGUAUAAAAACUACUUAAAGUUAUUUUGCUUUUCAGAACCAAUCACAUUGGUGAGAUGAUAAUGACCAGUUUAAUGGAAAACGAUGCAAAUUUAAACCCUGGUUUUGACAUCAACGCUUUCCGUCUUGAUCAACUGAACCUACAUAACUAUUAUCGAUCUCUACAUGGCGUUCCAGCAAUGACUAGAAAUGCAGCGUAAGUUUAUUUCACAUACGUAGGUGUCACUAGGAAGGAAUGGUUGAGUGGGAAUGAAUACUUAAAAAGUAUGUUUGGUGCUUUAUCUGUAAAGUUAUGCUAAAAUGAAGAGAUUUUAGAUGGUACGCCAAAGAGAAAAUGACGUCUGAAGUUCAGUAAGUUUUGCUAACGUUGCUGUAUAAAUAUGGCGUCAAUUUGUAUUUAAAUUGACAAUAUUUAACUAUUAUUUUGUGUUUCUCACCCGCCAGAUACGUUUAAAGAGGUUGCUAACUGUGUAAACUACAAAAUAAACCUAAAACAAAGACAUUUUGAGAGGAACGCCAAAAAGAUUUUAGGUUUUGAACACUUUGCAUCGCAAAUACGUGACAUUGAAAAAAAUUGCCUCUUAAUUCUAACUGCAGCCUGGAAGCUAAAGCUCAAGAAUAUGCUGAAAUAUUAGCAGCAAGAAACAAUGGACUGAAUCAUUGCAAUCUACCUAAUUGUGACCGUGAAGGUGCUGGCGAAAAUUUAGCACAGGCUUGGGGCAGUACCAGCGCAGAAACUAAUGCAACCAAAGCCUGGUAAGACUGUCGAGUUUCUUUCAAUUUUUCAUCAAAAACGUUGAUACAAAUUACUUCUCUUUCGUCAUAUUUCCUCCCAGGCUUUCAUUCCCAUUUCCCAUUAAGUCAUUCAAUUCUAUCCUUUAUUCAAUUCUAUCGUUCGUUCGUUCGUUCAUUUUUUUCAACUUCCUUCCUCGUCGCCAUUCUUUCCUUCCAUUUUCUGAUCACUCUCUCCAUUACUCUCUACUUCCUCCGUCCUUUCCUUUCUACCAUUAUUAUUCCCAUCCUGCCUUCCUUCAUUUUUCUCUCCCUCACUUUCUUUCUUCCCUCCAUGUCUCUCUACUUCCUUCGUCCUUUUCUUCCUCCCUUUAUUCCCUCCUCCAUCUCUGCACUCCCUCCGUUCUCCCUCUUACUUUACUUCCUUCGUUCCAUCCACCUUUCCUUUCUUUCCUCCGACCUUUUUUCCUUUCCUCCCUUCCCCCCUCUAUUCUUCCUCCCUCCCACCCUCUUUCUUUCCCCUCCCUUUCUUGUACACGUUUCCCCUCAUGGAAAUCAGCUUCGGUUGACGAGGUCAGCAUGUAUAAAUAAACUUUCUAUCUAUCUAUCUAUCUAUCUAUCUAUCUAUCUAUCUAUCUAUCUAUCUAUCUAUCUAUCUAUCUAUCUAUCUAUCUAUCUAUCUAUCUAUCUAUCUAUCUAUCUAUCUAUCUACCCCCUUUCUUUCCCUUCCCCCUUCGUUCGUGUCACUUUCUUCCCUCUCACCCUCUCUUUCCCUUCCCCUCUCCUUCCCUUCCCCUCUCUUCUUCCUUUCCUCUCAACGGCCUCACUUUAUCCCUCCCUCCGUUCACCCUUUCCUCCCUUCUCCCUAUCCACUAUUUCCUCUCUUAUUCCAGCCUUCCUCUCCCCAUCUCCACUCUUACCUAAGUCUACCUAUAUCACCUCCACUAUAUCCUUUCCAAGGUAUGACGAGGUCUGGGACUACAACUACUGUCACGACGAAACCAAUUUCAAGCGACCUGGACACGAGUCUAAACAAAUCGGGCAUUUUACACAGGUACAAGGUCUUGAAAGAAUCGUAUUCAUAUAACACGUAACGGUUUCUGAAGACUUGACUAAUGCAAACUCUAUAAUUAUAUCCACAUGACACCAAGGCCUGUUGGCAAAAUUAUAACCAGACAAUGAUUCCUGUCAAAUAUGAAUAAGAUGAAAUGACAAUCAGACAACUACGCAUUGCAGGAAUCAAAGUCCAGUCCCAGAGGUAAAAGACUCAUCUUCAACAGCUUGGUGAAAUCUGUAAAUAAAGCUACUGCUACCCCCUCAAUCAAACGUAAUUUUCUUCCUUACAGGUGGUCUGGAAAGCUUCAGUACAACUGGGCAUUGGUUACGCACGAACCGCCGACAGAAAAACGGUUUAUGUUGUUGGAAGAUAUUUGGCACAUGGCAACGUUGCUGGACAAUAUGCAGAAAAUGUUCUGAAAGCGAAUUAUUUAUUUAAAACAUUUCAAGAUAACUGCGCAGGUAAGUCUUUAAAAUAAAGCUGGGGGAACGAAAUGAAAAGACAAUAGAACAUCCGAUCACUGAAUCGUGACUGGAGAACAGUGGGAUUUUCAAAACAAUGAAAAGACAAUGGAACAUUCUGAUCACUGGAUCAUGACUGGAUGGCAUGAAUAACAGUGGGGUUUUCAAAACAAUGAAAAGACAAUGGAACAUUCUGAUCACUGAAUUGUGACGAGAAACUAACUCGAGGCUAACACGUAAAAUUCAUUAUUAUAUAGUAGAGAGUGAGAUACUGAAAAUUACACCGCAAGAUAUUUUCCAUACCUUCACUAGUGAAGAUAUCGAUCGCGUGACUUUUUACAAAUGACUUUGAUUUGCUUGAAACUAUAUAACGGUGGCUUGAAGAUGACUUUUAUCUUGCCGUGUAAAAACAAUAUUUUACUCGCUGCGCUCGUUCGUAAAAUAUUGUUUUCACCACUCGAAGAUAAAAGGCAUAGCUUCGCGCCGCCGUGUAAUAUCCUCUAUUUAUCUGCUUUUUAUUCUCAGCUUAUAACGGUGGCUUUUCGGCUUGGUCAGAGCCCGGAGAAUGCUCUCAAAGUUGUGGCGGGGGUGUCCGAUUCCAGACAAAGACAUGUACCAACCCGAAACCGUCAUUGAAUGGCGCGGAUUGUCAGGGUGAAACCAGGAAACUGGCAGCACAAGAAUGGUGCAAUAUUGAGGUAAGAAUAAUAGAAUUGUAUGGGCAGUGCCAAGCAAGAGUUUCAAACAUUUAUGCUGCUGUCUGUAUUUUAGAGUUGUCCAGGGGAUAAGAACCACCGGGAAAUGCAAUGCGAGGCACGUGGCCAUCCGGCUAAGGCGCAUAUAUUUGACAGUAAGCUUAUAUACAUUUUUUUCUAAACCAAAUUAAACGAAGCCUUAUUGAUGGUGGUCAGAAUAUAACAGUUCUCUGUAGGAGUCCAAGAGCAAAAGCAAGAGCCAUCGUCACAAUCAUCACCAUCACUAUUGCCACCACCAUUACCUGUAAUCACUCUUACCAUCAUCCCUACCACCAUCACUAUCACCAUCAUUAUUCCAUCAUCACCACCACCAUCACUACCAUCAUCACCACCACUAUCACCAUCAUCAUCUCACCACCACCAUUUCUAACACCACUAUCACUACCAUCACCACCACCACCAUCACCACCUUCAUCUCCAUUAUAACCUUUUCGCGACAUGACUGCCACUAAAUGAAUGUCAUUUCACUUCAGAUCAGGAGUGUACGUUACAUUGUCUAAGCACCACAGUUCCAAAUCUCUACAACAGUGCUGGGAAAGUGGACGAUGGUACACACUGUAAGUCCGACAAAGGUGUCUGUGUGGAAGGAGUGUGCACAGAAAUGCCAGAAUAUGUCGCACCAACACAACCUCCUCCAACAAACGCUGGAGGUAUGUAAGAUUUUUUCAGAUGCAAAAGUAAGAAGCCGUUGUUUGAUUUAAUUUCUUUGCUUCCUUUACUUUAUUUCCCUUCCUAUUUAGUUUCACCUUCCUUCCUUCCUUCCCUCCUUCCUUCCUUCCUUCCCUCCUUCCUUCCCUCCUUCCUCUACCUAUUAUCUCUCUUUCCUUCUCUACUCCUUCCUAUCCCAGUAUAUUGGAGGCUAAAAUGAACAAGUAUUGUUAUUGGUUUCCAAUGAUAAUCACUGCGUGUGAUUCGUUCUUUACAAAACUUGAUCUUUCAUAAGGCUUAUGGUUUCAUUGUUAUAUUCACCAUUACAAAUGUUGUUCAUAUAACUUCAUCACGACCUCACUUCUUUCCUUUCACCUUUUCCUCCUUUCCUCCUUCUUUGUAUCUAUCAAUACAUCUAUCAUUCCUUCCCCCUCAUUCUCCCUCCUUCCACCUUUCCUCUCCCUUUCUCCCCUUUAUUCCCUCCUCACCCAUAUCUUACAUAUUUCAGGCAGUAUCACAGGCUCCUAUACUAGCACUCCUAGCUCGAAUGUCUGGGACAACAUCAUAUUCACUGUUCCCAAUGGUGCAACCAAUGUCGUGAUCACAAACAAAGACUACAAUGCUGUCAGCAUUAGUAAGUUAAAAUCUUUCAUGUUUUCAUCAGUUUGAAGUUACUUGCUAGAGUAACCAGGUAUAAUAUCACAGAUAUUUUGCUUGCUUCUCUUUCAAGGUUCGUUCACACUUUCGAUUUUUGCUGCAAUAAAUGAGUUAGAAUGAUCUGAUGAAGAAGCAUGUACUCAGAACAUUCGUAAUUCAUCUACUACUUCUUGACAUCCACCAAAAGAAAAUGGGACAAACUUAACCCAUUGAACGCCAGCGCUCUCCCUUGAUGAGUAAAAUUGUCUGCAGUUAAACAGAGGAAAAUAAUAAAGUAGGGCGUAUUGGGCAACGCAACUUCCUAGGUUAAUAAGCUCCUCAUCCAAGUAAGGUACAUUCAUCAACUACUUAACUCCAAUGUCAAACAAGAUACUAGUAAAAGACUUUAACCAUCUGCUUAAACAUGCAGUGCACUCUAAUGUGCCUUUCUUGUUAUUUUGGACAUUCUAAUAAAGAAUAUACAAUAAUAGAAUAAUAUACAAUUUAAGGAAUGGGAGUAUAAAUUUUCUUCAUAAACCUAUAAACCACGAGUUGCUGUAAAAAAUGUAAAUAUAGGAUUUUGGGCAGAAAUCUAGCAUUGACCCUACUUUUCAUCUUAAUUUAGAGGUUGGUUACACAACAUCUAGGUCCUUAAGUUACCAAUUUGGCGAGAGCUCUUGGAUGAACAGCUGGGUUGAGUAUUAUGGAUCUUAUAAAACAACACAGACAGUGGCUGGUGUUAUGUUUACUUACUUACGAACAAAAACCUCUUCAACCUUCACCAUUGCUGGUAUGUUCAUUUGGUUAUAUCAAUUAAACGUAGCAUACUAAAUCAAUUCAGUUAGGAAUAGUUUAUCAAGUAUAGUCAAAGCGCCCUUACAGACACCUCUCUAAUACAGACACCUCUCCAAUACAGACACCUCUCUAAUACAAACUCCUCUCUAAUACAGAUACUUCUAUACUAUGGACACCUCUCUAAUACAAACUCCUCUCUAAUACAGAUACUUCUAUACUAUGGACACCUCUCUAAUACAAACUCCUCUCUAAUACGAACACCUCUCUAAUACAGACAGCUCUCUAAUACAGAUAUCUUUCCAUGUGCCCAUAUAAAGUGUGGUUAAAUAUAUGUUUAAAUUUAUUUUAAUUUAAGGUCCUGUAAACCCAACCAGUGGAUACAAGUUGGCUUUAUUUGUCCAAGGAAGUUCUCCAGCCAAAAUUUCCUGGACCUAUGGUGCUUAAACUGUUAUAUUUCAUUUAAUACUUUACUGCACUCAUAUAAUACUUUUAGCUCAUGCUUAAUCUUGUUACACUACGCGGAAUGAAAACAUGGAUCUUUAAAUAAAAACCUAGAAUCUCA